AUGCCUCCUACUCCGUCAACCAAACCAAAUCCGUCUGAGUCGGAACAAUCGGAUGGGACGGGUUCUAAUCGUUUUCUUUUCUCAGUCAUCAUGAAUGGUCUAUACAAGGAGCCUGGAACACUGGCCGCCAUCACUGGACGACCAGAGGAGGAGCUCAGGAACUGGGCUAGCGUUGAAAGAGCCAUCACAAUGCGAAUUCCUGUGCUGCCUCUUCAGAACUUCUCGAAUGGGCUCGUCUUUGAUAGAGACAGGGCCGAAUCUGGAAAGGCCAUCUUUGUUAGGCCGCUUCAGCUCGCCGCCGUCUAUGGUCGCAUCGAUCUCCUCGCCAUCCUCCUCAAAUUUUCAGACGUCGACGAACUUCCCGAAUACUCCGGCCUGACGGCCCUAUUCCUCUCGCUAUGGUUUCGCCAUCUUGAAAUGGCAGAUGUCCUAUUCAGACAGGGGGCGCACCCCAGCAGCUGCAGCGGCGUCAACGCUCUUCACGCUGCGGCAGGGAGAGGCUUGAUCAGGGAAACCACCAGAAUAAUUGAUGAGUAUCAUGUUGAGCCGGACGUCGAAGACACUGAAGGAGCCACGCCAACUAUUUACGCCUUGGCCCUACCGUUGGAGCAGGCUAUAGAAAUAAUUGACCUCCUUCGAGACAAGGGUGCGAGAUCUGACCUGGCAUUCGGUACUGAAGGAUGGACUUAUGUGGAGCUUGCCAGGGCAAUGGGUAGAGAGCGCCUUGCGCUGUACUUGGAAGAUGAUAGAGAAUCAACAAUAGGGCCCGAACAAACAUCAGAUAUAGCCAUCGCACCAUGA